UAAACAAAGCAAGAUGGCGGAGGCUAGAGCAGCUGAGGUCGGGAACUCGAGGACCAAGUGCUGGAGAGAGGUGGUAAGGGAAAUGUGGUCUGUGUUGGUUGCAGCUUCUACUGUUACAUGGAUUGCAGCUGUGUUGGGCAUGCUAAGAGUAACAGAGGCCCAUGCUAACACUGUCACUUACACCUUUACACAGUUCCCUUAUAAAGAAUCUGUGGCCAAUGAGAAACUGUGGUCUGAGUACGAGGUAGCCUGUGCGCAGUCCCCAAGGUGCCUGGAGCUCCGAGGAGUACAGCAUACACGUUGUGUCCGUCAGUGCGUGUCCCCUUCUUGCUACCUUGACAUCUAUACACAUGAUGAGCUUGAAGAAGGAGAAAUUGAUGUUCGACUGUCUUCCUUCAAAGGAUGCUUUCUCCAACGAAUGUCAGGGCAUCGGCGUCCCUGAGGCCAGCCGGACUCUGUUCUCGCCCACCCUCGGCCUUCCCCAAACAGGAUUCCAUUCCCCCCAGACCCUCUGAUGCAGCUCUGGUCCCGUCUUUUUGUGAGGGACUUGGAGGAGGUGGCACUCAUGGUCUACCCAUGGCCAAGGGUUCCUGUGACUAGGUUCUGAUGAAUUAAUACCCAUGACUGUAAGUACUCUUUUGAGGGGUGGAGUUUGACUGUAGUUUUAUGACAAUUGUGAAAAAAAAAAAAAAUAAA